AGUGUUAUGAUAAUGCACAUGGAGAUGCAGGGCUGCUGUUUGCUUUGUGGAGGUUUCUUUAAAUAUUCAUCUCUACUGUACAGUAAAGUAGUUCACGAUCAAGGUCCGCAGCAGCAUUGGGAUAGCAAGCAAGCCGGAGAGAAUGGAUUCCUUCUUCCUCCUCCUGAAUUGCUUACUCUGCUUUUUCUUCACCGUCACCAUCCUCCGGUUUCUGAAAAGGAACCAAACCCCGGCGGCCAAACUCCCGCCGGGACCCGCCCGGCUGCCAAUCAUCGGCAACAUCCACAACCUGGGCCUCAACCCUCACAAAUCACUGGCCGACCUCGCCAAGGUCCAUGGGCCUUUGAUGAGCCUCAAGCUGGGCCAAGUCACCACCAUCGUGGCUUCGUCCCCCGCUGUAGCCAAGGAGAUCCUCCUAAAGCACGACAAGUUCCUCUCCAACCGCCACGUCCCCCUCGCCUUGCAAACCCUCGACCUCCACAAAUUCUCCAUCACCAUGCUCCCCGUGGAACCCAGGUGGAGGAACCUCAGGAGAGUCUGCAACUCGUACAUCUUCACGCCCCAGAAGCUGGAUUCCAACCAGGGCCUCCGGAGGGACAAGAUCGUGGCGCUCGUGGAAAGUGUUCGACGAAAUGCCUGCUGCGACGAGGAAGAGGAAAAGGUGGCGGUUGAUGUGGGGAAAGUGGCGUUCAGGGCCACUUUGAAUGCGCUGUCGGCGACCAUCCUGUCGAUGGAUCUGGCCGACGAGGAGACGUCGGAGGCUGCCAAGAAGUUCAAGGAGCUUGCGAGCGGGAUGACCCAUGAGGCUGGGACUCCCAACUUGGGGGACUUUUUCCAUAUUUUGGCCAGGUUUGAUUUGCAGGGGAUACAGAGGAGGAUUCGGGGUCACUUGGAGAAGGCUUUGAAUCUCUUUGAGUGGUUAAUUGACGAGCGGUUGCGAGAGCAGAAGUCGGAGAGCUAUGUCUCGGCUAACGACAUGCUCGACACGCUUCUAGCCAUCCAUGGUGGUGGCGACAAUCGCGAAGAGGUUCAGAUGGAUCUACAGCGCAUCAAGUACUUGUUCUUGGACUUAUUUGUUGCUGGGACUGAUACAACUGCAACCACUCUAGAAUGGGCAAUGACAGAGCUCCUCCACAAUCCUAAUGCACUCUCUAAAGUCAAGGAAGAAUUGGAUCAAACGAUUGGAAAAGACUAUCAUCUAGAGGAAUCAGACAUUUCUCGAUUGCCAUAUCUGCAGGCAGUAAUAAAAGAGACCUACAGAUUGCAUCCGCCUCUUCCCUUGCUACUUCCCCAUAAAGCAGGGGCAGAUGUGGAAAUCGGUGGUUUCACCGUUCCCAAAGGUGCACAGGUCCUAGUAAAUCUAUGGGCAAUAGGUCGAGACUCGAUGAUAUGGAACGACCCAAACUCGUUCAUACCAGAAAGAUUCUUGGGUUCAGAGGUUGAUGUCAGGGGGAACCACUUUGAGCUUAUCACAUUUGGCGCAGGGAGAAGGAUAUGCCCUGGAAUGUCAUUAGCGCAUAGGAUGUUGCAUAUGAUGUUAGGUUCGUUGGUUCAUUGGUUUGACUGGAAGCUGCCGGAUGGAGUCGAGCCAGAACAACUCGAUAUGAAGGAGAAGUUUGGAGUGACUUUGCAAAAGGCCAAACCUUUGCUUGCUAUCCCGACUCUAAGAUGAGAUCAUUAUGACAUAUAAAAAGAGAGUUAGCUGAUCGUCGAUAUUUUAAAAAAAAUGAAGCUAGUGGCAUGAAUUUCAUUUCAUUUGGGGCUUUUCAAUUUCUUUCCGUUCUUUUUCCUUUGGCUGCUGUCUAAUGUGCAGCUGUUGUUUGUUGCUUUUUUUAUGUUCAAACUCUUAACUUUUUGCCUUAAUAAUAAUAUAAAUUACCAUUAUC